GACCCAGCGGAAUUGGAGCUGAGGAGGAGCUGAAAAUGCAGAUUUAGCAUCAAGCACAGACAUACACUUGCUCUUUCUCUCAGAUUCACACAGCUCCCCACAUUCGCACCUCUGCCAGCGAGCCGGCCGCCUGACCUCACGGUUUCCCCGCCAGCCAGAUGGUGAAGAAAACGCAUUGAUUUGCUGCUUUCCAAACCCCUAGCCAGUCUCUUUCUCUACACAAAGAUUUCUUUAAAACAAACAAACAAACAAAACUAUAUAUAUAUAUUUUUUAUUUGCACCUUUCCUCCGGGUCCCCUGUUCCGUCAGUCUGCGCGCCUCCUAGCACCACUUUUCACUCCCAAAGAAAGAUGAAAGGUGGCUGUGUCUCCCAGUGGAAGGCGGCCUCUGGGCUCCUCUUCUGUGUCAUGGUUUUUGCAUGCGCCGAGAGACCGGUCUUCACGAAUCAUUUUCUUGUGGAGUUGCAUAAAGGAGGAGAGGAAGAAGCUCGCCAAGUUGCAGCAGAACACGGCUUUGGAGUCCGAAAGCUCCCCUUCACUGAAAGCCUGUACCACUUUUAUCACAAUGGCCUUGCGAAGGCCAAGAGAAGACGCAGCCUACACCACAAGCAGCAGCUGGAGAGAGACUCCAGGGUAAAGAUGGUCUUGCAACAAGAAGGAUUUGACCGAAAAAAACGAGGGUAUAGAAACAUCAAUGAGAUCGACAUCAACAUGAAUGACCCUCUUUUUACGAAGCAGUGGUAUCUGAUCAAUACCGGUCAAGCUGAUGGCACUCCUGGCCUUGAUUUAAAUGUGGCUGAAGCCUGGGAGCUGGGAUACACAGGGAAAGGUGUUACCAUUGGAAUUAUGGAUGAUGGGAUUGACUAUCUCCAUCCGGACCUCGCCUCAAACUAUAACGCCGAAGCGAGUUAUGACUUCAGUAGCAACGACCCCUAUCCUUACCCUCGAUACACAGACGACUGGUUUAACAGUCAUGGGACCCGAUGUGCAGGAGAAGUUUCUGCCGCAGCCAACAACAAUAUUUGUGGAGUCGGAGUGGCAUAUAAUUCCAAGGUCGCAGGUAUCCGGAUGCUGGACCAGCCGUUUAUGACAGACAUCAUCGAGGCCUCCUCCAUCAGCCACAUGCCCCAGCUGAUCGACAUCUACAGCGCCAGCUGGGGCCCGACAGACAACGGAAAGACGGUGGAUGGGCCCAGAGAGCUCACGCUUCAGGCGAUGGCUGAUGGUGUCAACAAGGGUCGAGGGGGCAAAGGCAGCAUCUAUGUUUGGGCCUCUGGAGACGGCGGCAGCUACGAUGACUGCAACUGCGAUGGCUACGCCUCCAGCAUGUGGACCAUCUCCAUCAACUCUGCCAUCAACGACGGCAGGACGGCCUUGUACGACGAGAGCUGCUCCUCCACCUUGGCCUCCACCUUCAGCAACGGCAGAAAGAGGAACCCCGAGGCUGGAGUGGCAACCACAGAUUUGUAUGGCAACUGCACUCUGAGGCAUUCUGGGACAUCUGCAGCUGCUCCUGAGGCAGCUGGAGUGUUUGCACUGGCUUUAGAGGCUAACCUGGGUUUGACCUGGAGAGACAUGCAGCAUCUGACUGUGCUCACCUCCAAACGGAACCAGCUUCAUGAUGAGGUUCAUCAGUGGCGGCGGAAUGGGGUUGGCCUGGAGUUUAAUCACCUCUUUGGCUAUGGGGUCCUUGACGCAGGUGCCAUGGUAAAAAUGGCUAAAGACUGGAAAACCGUGCCCGAGAGAUUCCACUGUGUGGGAGGCUCUGUACAGGACACUGAGAAAAUACCAUCCACUGGCAAGUUGGUGCUGACUCUCACAACUGAUGCAUGUGAGGGGAAGGAGAAUUUUGUCCGCUACCUCGAGCAUGUUCAAGCUGUUAUCACAGUCAAUGCAACCAGGAGAGGAGACCUGAACAUCAACAUGACUUCCCCUAUGGGCACCAAGUCCAUUUUGCUGAGCCGGCGUCCAAGGGAUGAUGACUCAAAGGUGGGCUUUGACAAGUGGCCUUUCAUGACCACCCACACUUGGGGGGAAGAUGCCCGAGGAACCUGGACCCUGGAGCUGGGGUUUGUGGGGAGCACACCCCAGAAGGGUGUGCUGAAGGAGUGGACACUGAUGCUGCAUGGCACACAGAGCGCCCCUUACAUUGACCAGGUCGUGAGGGAUUACCAGUCCAAGCUGGCCAUGUCCAAGAAGGAGGAGCUGGAGGAAGAGCUGGAUGAAGCUGUAGAGAGAAGCCUGAAAAGCAUCCUGCACAAGAACUAGUGCUGCACCCUGGCCUCUACCAUCUCUCUCCCUCCCCCAUCUCUGCCUCUCUGUCUUCGCUCCACACUGUCAGGCACCUAGCAAUUACUGUCACUCCCACACAAGCAAUUCCAACUUCUUGAUCUGAAGCUUCGCUCACUGUCAAUGAUUAUUUUCAUUACAAUGGAAGCAAUCUUUUUUAUUCUAUGCCCCAAAUACAUUGUUCCCACCAACAUC